CGAGUGAGAGACAGGGCCGGCUGCAAAUGUUUGCCAUUUUGAUUAUGAUCCCAGGUUCCGAGCCCUAGUAGGCUAUUACUCCAUUUGGUAUCGCCAUCAAAAGGUACUCUAGUCCCGUGUGCCCCAUAAUAUAAUAGCAAGUGGAUUUUGGAAACAAGACAAAACUAAAAGCCUAGCUCUUCUUGAUUAGUUACAACAAUAACAGAUCCAAAAACAAAGGGCCUUCCAUCUCUUUGCUUACUUCUAAAACCCUUCAUCUCAAUCUGAAACAUCGAUCCGUUUCCGAUGACGAUGGAGGAUGUGUGGAAAGACAUAAGUCUAGCUUCUCUUUGUGACCACAACUCACCGGCGGCUGCUGCCGGCAGCUCCGCCUCACGUAACGACUCUGCAGCUAUUCGUGGCUUCAUUUUUCAAGAUUUCAUGGCGGCGGCGUCCAACAAACUCACUCCUUCUCUUGCUACUGAUCUAGCGCCACUGCCACAGCCACCGGCCACUCUCCUCAGCUUGAGUUCUUCCGGUUCCGAUCAUUUUCAACACUGCCAAGUUCAAAGCGCUACUGCUACUGCUAGUACCAACACUACCGCUCCACCAAUACCAGUGACGCCAAACGCGCAAAGACUGCACCGUAUUAGUACUAUUCCUUCAUCUUCUGUGAUCUCUUUCUCCAAUAAGCACGCGAAUAACUCGUCGGAGGCUUUGGAUUCUUCCCCGUCUUGCAAGAAAAGGGCGUUAGAAGAAAAUGGAGAGAACUCUAGGCAUGUCCGGCAUAAGCGGAUGAUCAAGAACAGAGAAUCGGCCUCUCGCUCCCGAGCACGAAAGCAAGCUUAUACAAGUGAGCUGGAACUUGAACUAGCACAUUUGCGGGAGGAGAAUGCCAGACUUAAAAGACGGCAAGAAAAGAUCUCCUUAGCAGCCCCUGUAGCAGCAGCAACUCCUCCAAAAAGGGCACACUCUGUGUAGAAAAAGGAAACAGAUGUUUGGUUUUUGGAUGCCAAGCUACUCAAUUGGGUUAACUCCUUUUGUUUUUUUUUUUUGGUCCCUGUUCUUGUACAAAGAAGACAAGUUUGCUGCUAGGCAUAUAUGAAUCAUGGAUGGGACAUGUUUGGCUAACCUUAUCUUUUUUGCCCUUUUAGACUUUUUUUCUUUCUUGUUUCCCAAACCUUAUCUUUCACUCACCUGCUACUCAUUAUCAUGUAGUCUUCUUUCACUCCCUUAAUUUCCUCUCCCACAAUAUUACCUUACCUUACUCUCCUCAGUAUCUUAUUCUUUUCUUUUCCUUUGCGGGUAUUUUUACUAUUUUAUUAGAAAUUCUUGGAUUUUCUAAGGUUUAUGUUUGCCCUG